AUGGACGAAGGCCUCAAGCAGGAAGUCGAGUCCCUCCGUCGCCGGAUCGCUUCCACGCUGGAGGAGGCCGAGGAGUUUCGGCACGUCGCUGCAGCCGCCCGCGCAGCCUGCGAGAUGCAGCGAACCGCGGAGUCGCCGGACGCAUCACCUGGGUCCACGGCGACACCAGAAGGCGAAGGGCAGGACAUGACGGUUGACGAGGAUGAAGAUAGCGCGGACGACGAAGACACCGUUCUCCUGAAGCAGAAGAUCAAGGCCCAGCGGUCAGAGCUGGAUCGCCUCACGGAAGUCUUCCAACGUCAGCAGGAACAGCUGGGCAUACUUCAAGACCAGAUCUCGGGCAAGACUUUCGAGAAGCAGAAGCAGGUUCAGCGUGAGGUCCAG